AGAGCCCAGAGCCCGAGGAGCCGGAGCCGGAGGCGCGGCCGCGGCCGUCCCUGUCCCUGGGCAGCCGGCUAGGUGCGCGGGCGGGCGGGCUGCUGCUGCUGCCGCCACUGCUGCUGCCGCCGCCACUCCGGGUUCGGACAGCCUCCCGGAAGGCUCCUAGUGAGCGCGAGCGGCCGCCGCCCGUGGCCGUGGCCGUGGUCGUGCCCCGCCGCUGCCCCCGCCGCUGCCCCCCGGGGGCGGCCCGGCCCGCGCAGUCCAUGCGAUUCGGGAUUAAAGUUUGCGCUCGGCGCGGCAGUGCCCACGAUGCCGUUCCACCCGGUGACCGCGGCGUUGAUGUACCGGGGCAUCUACACCGUGCCCAACCUCCUGUCCGAGCAGCGGCCCGUGGACAUCCCCGAGGACGAGCUAGAGGAAAUCCGUGAGGCCUUCAAGGUGUUCGACAGAGACGGCAACGGCUUCAUCUCCAAGCAGGAGCUGGGCACCGCCAUGCGCUCCCUGGGGUACAUGCCCAACGAGGUGGAGCUGGAGGUCAUCAUCCAGCGGCUGGACAUGGACGGUGAUGGCCAAGUGGACUUUGAGGAAUUUGUGACCUUACUGGGGCCCAAGCUGUCCACCUCGGGGAUUCCUGAAAAGUUCCAUGGGACGGACUUUGACACGGUAUUCUGGAAGGGGAAUCUCCCACUGCCCAUAAGGGCUUUGGCCUCAGGGGAAACCCAGGUCUCUGGGCAGCCAGCAGGUGACCUUGCUGGGCUGACCCCGGGCCUGGCCCCACAGUGUGAUAUGCAGAAGCUGACCGUGGACGAGCUGAAACGUCUGCUCUACGACACCUUCUGUGAGCACCUGUCCAUGAAGGACAUCGAAAAUAUCAUCAUGACGGAGGAGGAGAGUCACCUGGGCACUCCCGAGGAGUGUCCCGUCGAAGUGGAGACCUGCUCCAACCAGCAGAUCCGCCAGACGUGCGUCAGGAAGAGUCUCAUCUGCGCCUUCGCCAUCGCCUUCAUCAUCAGCGUCAUGCUGAUCGCGGCCAACCAGGUCCUGCGCAGCGGCAUGAAGUAGCUGACGGCUGGGGGACUGGGGGGCUGACUCAGCCACGCUCCCCGACCCCCUGCCCAGCCAGCUGCACAGUGGCCGGGGCCUUCUGCCGGGCCCCUGGGACAGGACGGUGCGUGGGGCUGCCCAGGGCCAUGGCUGGCCAGAGCAUGUGGCCCUGGCCUACCACGCAUGGCUGUGGUGCCCAGCGCAUGUCAGUGCAUGGGGGGGCCCCUCCCCGGUGUAACUCUGAGUGAUGCAAUCCUGUGUGCCAAUAGGAUAUAUUCUACCAUAAAAUAUAAUCUCUCUAUAUAUCUAUUUAUGAUAAAGAAAACACCAAAACCAUCUGUGAAGCAAUACAAGCCCCCUUCCUUUCCCUUCCCUUCCCUUCCCUUCCCUUCCCUUCCCUUUCCUUCCCUUUCCUUCCCUUCCCUUCCCUUCCCUUCCCUUCCCUUCCCUUCCCUUCCCUUCCCUUCCCUUCCCUUCCCUUCCCUUCCCUUCCCUUCCCUUCCCUUCCCAUCCCUUUUCCUCUUCUCCCUUCCCUUCCUUUCCCUUCCCUUUUUCUCCUCUCCCUUCCCAUCCCUUCCCUUCCCUUCCCUUCCCUUCCCUUCCCUUCCCUUCCCUUCCCUUCCCUUCCCUUCCCAUCCCUUUUCCUCUUCUCCCUUCCCUUCCUUUCCCUUCCCUUUUUCUCCUCUCCCUUCCCAUCCCUUCCCUUCCCUUCCCUUCCCUUUCCAUCCCUUCCCUUCCCUUCCCAUCCCUUUUUCUCCUUUCCUCUCCCUUCCCUUCCCUUCCUUUCCCUUCCCUUCCCUUCCCUUCCCUUCCCUUCCCUUCCCUUCCCUUCCCUUCCCUUCCCUUCCCUUCCCUUCCCUUCCCUUCCCUUUCCUUCCCUUCCCUUCCCUUCCCUUCCCUUCCCAUCCCUUUUCCUCCUCUCCCUUCCCUUCCCUUCUUUCACCCAUGGGCCUUGCAUGGACCGAGGAUGACGGCUAGAGGCAGACACUCACUCUGGCGCUGGCCAGAGGCUCCGGCCCUCCUCCCAGGCCCUGCUAAGAGGACCCAGGGAAAGGGCUCAGAGAAGGCAGAUGGGUAGACGGACCCUCUCAGGGAAUGGGCUCGGUGUGGGGAGGUCAGUGGGCGCUCUACUGGAGAGGCUGAACGGGGUUGGGUGUGACCACCCAGGAGGGCCCUGAAGCCAGUCACCCACCUCCAUUCCACUUCUCCAGGGGAGGAGGCAAGCCGUUGAGGCUGGGGGAUUCUGGGGGAGAAAGGCCCCUUUCCCCGUCUUGUCCCCGCCCCUUCUUCCUGUGUGUCUGUGUCCUGAUGUGAUUGCUGGUUCUCUAGCCUGUAUGUAGCAUCACCUUGUUCCUGUCCGUUUGGGGGUGUUCAAUCUCAAUAAAGAUGGACUUUCUAUAUGGCUUCAGUAGCCCCA